AUGUCUUCGUCAAACACUGAUAAUACAGCAUUAAAUAAGAAACGUAGUAAUGUAUGGUACCAUUACACCAUUUUACAAAAUAACAUUGCGAAAUGUAAUGUUUGUUCAUACAAAAUAAGUUUUAGUGGAGGAUCAACUGGAAAUUUGUUGAGACAUUUAAAAACGAAGCAUCCAACAGUUCCACUACAGAGAAAUGUUCAGGUAAAUGAAUCAAAUUCUGAGAUUAUUGAUGAUCCAGAACCCUCAACAUCUAUGGACCAAAAUCCGAUUAGACAACAAUCUACUUCAGUAGCAACAACAUCAGCAGCAUUUUUAAGACCACAUAACAAACAGCAAAGCUCUAUUGCAAACUUCAUCCAUAAGCCGAUACCUAUGAGCAAAUCAAAAAUGAUCGAUCAACAGUUAAUCAAAAUGAUUGUGAAGGAAUACCAUCCGUUUAGUGUGGUGGAGGAUGAAGAAUUUCGUAAAUUAAUUAAAAUGUUAUGUCCAACUUACAUUAUUCCAUCAAGAAAAACCGUAACCCAAAGUUUGUUACCUCAGAUGUUUGAUAUGACUCUUGAAUGCGUGAAGGAUAGAUUAAAAAAUGUGGAAGCUGUGUGUUUGACCACAGAUGGGUGGACUUCCAGGACCAACCAAAGUUUUAUAUCCGUAACAGCACAUUUUAUUGACCCUAAAAACGAUACAGUUGUUUCAUCUGUAUUAUUAGGCUGUAUCGAGUUUAAUGAAAAACAUACAAGUGAAAAUUUGUCUCGUUUUUUAAGGAACCUAGUUGAGGAAUGGAAUUUAUUAUAUAAACUUACUGCUGUAGUAACUGAUAAUGCUGCUAAUAUUAAAUCAGCAAUUAGAAACUGUAACUGGAGAUGGCUAUCUUGCUUUGCACAUUCUAUAAAUUUAAUUGUCCAAUCUAGCUUGAAAUGUAUAGAUUCUACUCUGUCAAAGGUAAAAAACAUAGUACAGUAUUUUAAAAAAAGUUCGCACGCCCUGGCAAAAUUAAAUGACUAUCAAAAACAACUUGGUUCACCUAUUUUAAAACUUAAACAGGAUUGCCCAACUCGAUGGAAUUCGACAUACGACAUGAUCAAUAGAAUAAUUGCAAUUAAAGAUCCGAUUAUUGCCACUCUUGCAGUUUUAGGUAAUUCAGAGUUGAACUGUCUAAGCCCACAAGACUGGGUUAUAUUGGAAAAUGCCCGGGACAUUUUGAAAAUCUUUUAUGAAGUGACUGUCGAAAUAAGUGCCAAAAAAUAUGUAACUAUAUCAAAAGAAAUCAUUUUUAUUAAAACAUUAAAUAAGUUUGUUUUUAAUUUUAAUAAUAACAAUACAUUACCAAAAGAAAUUAAUUCCAUGUGUCAGGUUUUGAAGGAUGAGUUGUAUGCAAGAUUUGGUAAAUAUGAAGAGAACCCGUUAAUUAGUCAAGCAACAUUAUUGGAUCCGAGGUUCAAGAAAUUUGCAUUCUCUAAUGAAAAUCAUUGUAAGAAUGCAGUUAAUUUUUUAAAGGCUAAAGCACAAAGUAUUAUAUUAGAAUCAGACGAACCAAUACAUCAACAAGUUGCUACAUCUACCUCUACUAGUAAUUCAAGUUCAAUGCUGUGGAAAGAGUUUGAUGAAACUGUUGUAAAUUUGAUUGGAGGAUCCAACUCGUCAGUGGCAGGUAUAAUUGAAGUUGAAAAGUAUUUGAAUGAACCAUUGAUCAACCGUUCAGAAAAUCCUUUGGUUUGGUGGGCUGAGCGAAAAAAUGUGUACCCACGAUUAUACAGAUUAACUAAAAGGAGACUGUGUAUUAUGGCAACAUCAGUACCAUGUGAGAGAAUAUUUUCAAAAGCAGGACAAGUUGUAAAUGAAAGAAGAUCUCGACUCACCACAUCAAAAAUAUCACAAAUAUUAUUUCUUAACCACAACAUGUUGUGA